GAUUUGUUGUUCCAAAUUCCAAAACCCAGCCCCGAGGCGAAGGCAAGGCACCGCCACCGACGUCCUCGCUACAAAGUGCUCUCACUCAGUCAGAAACUCCCCUGCUCCAUCCGACGAAAUCCCCCACGGCACGCCGCGAUGAUCCAGCUCCUGUUCACGGUGCUGGGCGCGGAGGCGGGCCUGGCGGCGGCGCUGCUCUUCAAGACGCCGCUGCGGAAGCUGGCGAUGCUCGCGCUGGACCGCCUCAAGCGCGGGAAGGGGCCCGUCAUGGUGCGCACCGUCGCCGCCACCGUACUCGUCGUGCUCGCCUCCAGCCUCCACAGCAUGGCCAAGAUCCACGGCCAUGCCAGCGGCGGCGAGCUCGACGCGCCCGGGGCGCUCACCCCCACUGACCAGGUCCUCCUCGCCCGCCAUCUCCUCGAGGCGUCUCUCAUGGGAUACUCCUUAUUCCUUGCUCUCAUCAUUGACCGGCUACACCGCUACAUCAGAGAAAUGCGAGGGCUAAAGAAGAACUUGGAAGCUGUGUCUAAGCAGAAUAAGACACUUGAAGAAGUAAAACUCGUAACAUCGGAUGGAAGCAAGCCAUACCAGAAAGAUAUUGCUUCGCUGAAUGAGGAGAUUAAGAAGCUGAGGCUGCAACUAAAGGAAAAGGCUGAUGAGGUGAAGGAUGCAGAGGCCAGAGCUGUAGCUGCACAAACACAGUCUGAAGGUCUAAUGCUCAAAUAUGACCGCCUGCUGGAGGACAAGAAGCAUCUCCAUGACCAGCUGCAGUCUGGAGACAUCGCGUUGUCACAUUCAGAUGGCAAGAAGAAUACUUAAAGCUGACAUGUCCCAAGGAACUCCUGGAUGCCAGAAGACAGUUGAUUCAUGAAUAGGACGUCAGUUACCCAUAAUCUGCCAUCUGAGUAGUACCGUCUUACAUAAAUGCUCUGGUAUUAUGUACCACAACUCAAAAUGUCUCGACUUCUUAAAGUCAGGUAGCUAGCUGCCUAUGCUAAGAUGCUCAUCUGUAAAUAUAUGAUGGCUGAACGUUAUUCGUCUGAUCAAACUUGACAAGUUUGGCUGCUGAUCAGCUCAACUCUGGUUGUCUUGCCAUGAGCUUGUCCAAGCUUAGAGAAAUGAUCAUUGAACUGUUGGUAUCAUUACAUCAGCUUUGACAAGCAUGCAGAACAUAUUACUCCCUCCGUCCAA